UGCCGCGUCUUCUCUCCCUCGUGUUUCAUCCUUCGCUUCCUCUUCUCUCCACGCCGCCAAUAACAAACCAAAAGAUCCAUCAAUUCGCCACUUCCCUCAAUCUACCAAUUCGCCACUUCCCUCAAUCUACCACAGCAAUCCACGGGACCCUAAUUCAUAGAGGGGGACUCGAACUGGCGGAUUGGCGCUGGGGAUUUCAGCCGUCUGGGCUUGAUGGAUUUGGAUCUGUGGAUCGCCAAGGUCAAGGAGGGGCAGCACCUCGCCGAGCACGAGCUUCAGUCCCUCUGCGAAUACGUGAAGGAGAUUCUUAUCGAGGAAUCGAAUGUGCAGCCUGUCAAUAGCCCUGUGACAGUGUGUGGAGACAUCCACGGGCAGUUUCAUGACUUGAUGAAACUCUUUGCGACCGGAGGACAUGUCCCCGAUACGAAUUACAUAUUUAUGGGUGACUUUGUGGAUCGCGGGUUCAACAGCCUAGAGGUCUUCACAAUCCUUUUGCUUCUAAAAGCAAGGUACCCUGCCCACAUAACCCUUCUACGUGGGAAUCAUGAAAGCAGACAGUUGACACAGGUGUAUGGUUUUUAUGAUGAGUGUCAGAGGAAGUAUGGAAAUGCCAAUGCAUGGAGAUAUUGUACUGAUGUUUUUGAUUACCUUACUCUUUCAGCAAUCAUUAAUGGCACUGUCCUCUGUGUUCAUGGUGGCCUUUCACCUGAUGUACGGACUGUUGAUCAGAUACGAGUCAUCGAUCGCAAUUGUGAAAUUCCCCAUGAAGGGCCUUUCUGUGAUCUGAUGUGGAGUGACCCGGAAGAGAUAGAUACAUGGGCAGUUAGUCCCCGUGGAGCAGGUUGGCUUUUUGGAACAAGGGUGACUCAAGAGUUCAACCAUAUUAAUAAGAUUGAGUUAGUUUGCCGAGCCCAUCAACUGGUCCAGGAAGGCCUAAAGUACAUGUUUGAUAACGGCCUUGUAACUGUGUGGUCUGCACCUAAUUAUUGCUACAGAUGUGGCAAUAUUGCUUCUAUACUAAGCUUCAGUGAAAAUAUGGAAAGGGAGGUCAAGUUCUUCACAGAGACAGAGGAAAACAACCAGAUGCGAGGGCCAAGGACUGCCGUCCCAUAUUUUCUUUGACCCUUUUCUGUACAAUUCUUUUUGCCUGUGGCUCUUAUUUGUGUGGGCUAAAUGCCAUGGGAUAGGUGUUCAUAGUUAAAGGUUUCAGCUCAACGCAAUCUGGUGCAUUGUAUGUCAGGUUAUUUUAUCUGCCUGUACAAUAGAUAUUGAAAGAAAUACUGCUCCUGUUUACGACCUCCA